CACGCUGACAAAAGACAAGGAAGAAGAGACAAGCUCAUCAAGCAGGAAUGGAUGCUUCGACCAGUCUCGAGUCUGGCCUCGAUACCAGUGGGUGCGCAACUUGCAACGAAGCGACGGGCGACCUCGCCCACCAGCCAAGUCGUGGCCGAGAGCGUGCCCGCUCCAGUCCCCAGCGGUCGUGGUUCCCCGCUGCGGAGGCCGUGGUGACCACGCAGCAUUACACAUUGUGCUGCGCCCUCGCCGGCGCCUUAUUCGCCAUCGUGCUCUUCGCAAUCACCGGCGCCGUCUGGUACCGCUACGUGGUGCGGCCCGGAAUAAUGCUCGGGCGCCCCAGGGGUGCCACCGAAGAAGAGCCCAGGGUCCUGGUCAUCGUAGUCCAAGCCACGAAGUCCAAGCGGCCGGCGUUGGCCACGAACCCUCAUGUAGGCCGCCGCGGCCACGUCGGCGCUUCAACCGUGGGCACCGUGUCUCCGGUACAACAGAGAAGCACGGGCACCACUCCGGAGACAGAAACCACACCGGUAGAAGACCGCAUGCCUGAGGGAGUGUAACUGCGCAUGUGUGAACUAUCGCGAGACAGAGUCGUGGCGUCCGCUGACGCUCCUUGCUGUGCACAAAAAGAUGUCGCAGUACAGCGCACAGGACAACUCGUCUCGCGCUCAAUUGUGACUCCGCGUAGAUAUUGCAGACGCUGGCAGAACUGCAGCAGCAAUAGUAAAAUGUAUUUUUUCGCUCUAUACUCGCACUGCCGCGUUGUCGAGACGUACAUAUACAUAAAUAUUUCCUGAUGCCUCGA